AUGAAAAAAGACUUGCGACAACAGGUGAUGGACAGACAAGCGGCCUUGACUGCCGCUAUAGAAGCGGAUCCUAGGCCGAAGCACUUCAGCUUAGCAGCAAUUCAACUCUACUUCAUUGCAUUGGUGGUAUGUUUCUGCUCUGGGGACAAUGGUUUCGAUGGAACUGUCAUGGGUGGCAUCAAUACCAUGUCCCAGUUUCAGGCAUUUGUCGGAACCAAAGAUGGUGCAACGAAGACAUCCAUUGUUUUCGGCAUUUACACUAUCCGUCCCUUAGUACUGAAUUCCAUGUCACAUGCAGUGGUUCAAUCACGUACGUCUGGAGUGCCGGGCGGUAGCCUAAAGAGCGCAGAUUCUGGAUGUUCUUGCGCGGGUGCGGCGGCCAAGUCGUACCUCGCUGAUUUCAGCCCCGCGAAGCACAGGGGUGCCUACAUCGGACUCCUGAAUUUUUGUCCUUCAUCGUACGCGGGUUCUCCUUUCAAUCGAUUUCUCGUCGGAAGAGGACAUGAAGCCCGACGUAUGUUGGCCAAAUAUCACUCCGCCACAAGAGAUCAUAAUUCACCAUUGAUCGACCUUGAGAUGAAGGAAAUCGAGGAGAAAAUUGAGAUAGAUGGACAAGACAAACGUUGGUGGGACUUCAGACUUCUGUUUGCGACUCAGGCAGACAGAUAUCGGGCAUACAUAGUCAUUCUCAUCGGCACUUUUGGUCAACUUUCCGGUAACACCAUGAUAACGUAUUUUCUUCUCGUACUUCUUGAAAAUGCUGGCAUCGAGAGUCAAAGAAAGAGGUUGACCCUCAACUUUGUCAAUAGCGGAGCCUUCACGGUUGACCAUUUUGGUCGUCGCCGGGUUCUUCUAGCCGGAACUAUUGCUAUUACUGUCAUUCUGGCAAUAGUGACCGGCUUGCUUAGCAAGGACGACGGAAAUAGUACUCGCGCUAACGCUGGUAUAGUUUUCGUCUACUUCUUCAUGGUGAUAUUCUCUUAUGGGCGGACGUCAAUGCAAGCAUUGUACCCCGCCGAGGUCCUAGGGUACCAAGCUCGAGCAAAAGGACUCGCGUUCUUAAACAUAUGCGCGCAGGGCUCAACGUUUAUCAACACCUUUGGCGUAUCUGAUUUCACAAUAUGGUAUGCCUUUGAAUGUGCUCUGAUCUACUUCUUCGUCGCUGAGGCCAAAGGUCUCACGCUGGAGGAAAUUACGAAGGUUUUUGAACAACCUGGCCUAAGAAAAUACAGUGAGCAGGUUGCCAAGAUGAACAAGCAAAGAUCGGGUACUAUUAUCGUCUAA